AAUUUUAGUCAAGUCAAUUUUUGCUUUUCGGAGUCGCGAUUUUCGAAUAGAAGCGAAAUAAUCAAAUUAAAUUCCUUUCUUUCGUUGUCGGAUCAGAUAGCAAUGUUUCAUCCUUACUGAAACGAAAACAAACUGAAAUUUUUCUUCCCCAAUUGACACUUUCUCUGCCCUUCUUCCCCCACAGACGCACAUUCUCUCUCUCUCUCUCUCUCUCUUUCGGUUUCAGCCUCUCCUUCUCUGUUUGUAAAUUUCAUACCGAAUCUGCGAAUAAAUCGGCUGUAGGGGAUGAGGAAAUUGAGAUUGUUGGCAAUAUGGACGGCGAUAUUAGUCCAACACAGCGCUAAUUGGAGAAUCGUCGAAUCUCUCCGGCGACAACCGGAAGGGAAGAAGACGGAACAGAGGCUGCUUGUAAAUAUGACUCUUCUCCCUCGUGCUUCGUCUAUGGCAGCCGUUUGUCUGGAUGGGAGCCCACCGGCCUACCACCUCCACAGAGGAAAGGGGACCGGCGUUAGCAAUUGGCUUUUGCAGUUUGAGGGUGGUGGGUGGUGCAACAAUGUAUUGUCAUGCCUUCAACGAUCGAGAACAAGACGUGGGUCCACUCGAUACAUGAAUAGACUAGAGGUUUUUUCAGGCAUCCUCAGUGAUGAUCCCAUUAAUAACCCUGAUUUCUAUAAUUGGAAUAGAGUAAAGCUUCGCUACUGUGAUGGUGCUUCUUUCGCUGGUGAUUCAAAUUACAGUGAUGGUGCAUUUGUCCUUCACUUCAGAGGGAAACGGAUAUGGGAGGCAAUCAUAAAUGAUCUUCUUCCAAAGGGAUUGAUUAAUGCACAAAAGGUAUCUCUUAGGAUCCUAAUUCUAUUUAAGGAAUUCUUUUUGCUCCCUUCCUUUGAGACGCCAAAGGCUGACCAUGUACAAUUGGAUUCUCUCUCUCAGAUGCUCCCAGAUUCGACCAUCGUAAAAUGCAUGAGUGAUGCAGGGUUCUUCCUUGAUGUGAACGACAUAACUGGCAAUGACACCAUAAGAACCUUUUUCAAUAGUGUGGUUAAGCUACAGGGAGUAGAGAACAACUUAAACAAGGCGUGCUUGGCUUCUCAUUACUUCCCCAGUCAGUGCUUCUUCCCUCAAUAUAAUCUUCCUUUCAUCAGAAAUCCUUUUUUCAUUCUGAAUUCUGCUUAUGAUACUUAUCAGAUUGGCCAUAUAUUUGUGCCACCAUCAGCCGAUCCGACAGGACAUUGGAGCCGUUGCAAGUCAGAUCUGGCGUCUUGUUCUCCUAGCCAGAUCAGUAUUCUUCAAGGAUUCAGGAAUGAAAUGCUCACAGCACUGACAACAUUUGAAAGUUCGAGGAACGAAGGCAUGUUUAUAAACUCAUGCUUUGCCCAUUGUCAGAGCGAAUUGCAGGAUUCAUGGUAUGCUGAGAAUUCUCCUAGAAUACAUAAUAAGACUAUUGCAGAAGCCGUUGGUGAUUGGUACUUUGAGCGAGAAAUUACCAAAGAAGUUGACUGCCCUUAUCCAUGUGACCACUCUUGUGAAAUGCCUCCCAUUUCUUCUGGUAAGGCGAGAAGAUACCCAACUUUGGAUGGCAAUGGAGGUUUUUUUUUUGUCCUUUUUAUUUUUCCAUUUUUGUGGCAUAUCUUAUAGUUAUGAGGCCUGAUACUAUAUAUUUGUACCAAAAUUAUUUUAUGUAAAUCUUUGGUAUGUUAACUCUUGCUAAUUAUAUCUCCUAAGGCACAUUACUAAAGAGGAAUGCUAAAACUAUAUAUUAAUUGUGACUCAAAUUUAGGAAGA